GCAUUUGACAAAACUGUUGCGAAGGACAACUCCCUAGCCGUUGGCUUCUUCCAGAGAGGGUUUGUCUAUCUGCAGCUGGAAAUGUACGAAGAGGCUCUCUCUGACUAUCAUAUGGCCUUCAGUCAUCUAAGAAAAAAUCCCUUCAUUGAUUACAAGCAGCUGGGGCUGAGGCACAUACUCUAUGCAUGGGAGGUGCUGUACAGCACUGCAGCAGCACAGUGCCGGCUACAGCAGUGGCAGGAGGCCAGAGUCACCCUAGAUAAGGCUGUUGUAUGGAGACCUGAAGGAAGAACAGCAAUCCUGAACCUGGCCCUUGAGCGGGUGCAGGACCAUCUGUUUUUAGAGCCCAUGCAGGUCCCUCUUGGGGAAUUUUUCAGACCGCGAAAGAAGGAAGUUGAACAGCUGGAUUCAAAAGAUUUCCUGGGUAAACCCAAGGUGAUCUCGUCCAUCAUUCCCAAUGAUGAGUACAUUGGCUUCGAGCCUCUCAGGCCUCAGAAACAGGGCUUUUAUGAACCCAGUGUUGAUGCUCUGCGAGACAGUGAGUCAGGGUACUAUCGAGUUUUGUCCCAUUAUUACCCUGAGGACUCUGAGAAGUUGGCAGUGAAAGCCAGCAGUUUGGUCUUUGUGCUGACGAGAGGAGCGGAUGGCUGGGCUACAGCCAUACACGAUGGACAGAAGCUGCGCAUACCGAGCUCUCUCCUGGAGCCUGCUUCAAAGAUGGACAAAUGGAAGAUCAGCAAUGGGAUUCCCCUCCCCCCUGCCCAGGUGCCUCCCAGCCGACUCCAUGUGAAGCAGAAGCCAGAAUCUCCUGGGGGAGAAGAUGCCUCUGCAAAUGAUGCUGGUGCCCAAAUGGACUUCAGGAUCCCACCAACCCGUGGAGAAGCUUCAUCCAGCAUGGACAGACCUGUUGUGCUGAGGGCGUGUUGUGAGUGCACUGUGGUGGUGAGGGCAGGCGAGGUGCCGUCUCUGCUGGACCUGCGAGCUCUGCUGAGGGAGCGGUUCGGCCAGCAGGCAGAGCGAGGGAAGCUGAGCUACAGGCAUUCGGAUGGCAAAGAACUGGGUGCAGUUUCGGGAGAAGAGGAUCUAGGGAAGAUGUGGCAGCAGCUGACAGAUGGCAGGCUGACACUCUGCUGCCAGGACUCGGACUCCUAUUUGGGCAGACCUGUCCUCUACCGGAUGCUGGCUCAGCACUCUUACCCUGCACAGGGACCGGGGGACCUGGAGUUCAGCAAGGGAGAUGUGCUGGAUAUUCUCUCUGAAGGUAGCUUUCCAGUCCUGCCUGCAGGCUAUACUGGCAGGCUUUUGGAGUCUGCUGUAGGGAGGGUCUGGGGAAUAGAUGGCUUCUCCAAUACUGUCUCAAGCUCAUACACUCAGGAGGGGUAG